GAAAAACGUACAAAGUGCUGAUAGAUGGUCACAACCAGGAGAAGUGACCAUUCAUGGUGACAUGAAUCAUUACUAUCUUUCUGAGAGAAGGUCUAGAGAAGAGGCACCACCCAAUUGAAUUCAAAUCGAAACAAGCAACCACCACCACCAUGGACGAGCCUAUCACGGAACAUGAGAUCACUCCUGCCGUUUCCGAGAACUCCAAGCAUGCCUCCUGGAUGAAGCAGGCCCUGAUGAUGGGCGAACAAGCCUUGGAGCAUGGAGAGACUCCAGUGGGAUGCGUCCUGGUCUACGACAACAAGAUCGUGGGACGGGGUAUGAACGACACCAACCGCUCGAUGAAUGGAACCCGCCAUGCCGAGUUCCUGGCAAUUGCAGAAAUGCUCCAGAGCUACCCCAAGUCUGCCCUCCAGUCCACCGAUCUCUAUGUGACUGUCGAGCCUUGCAUCAUGUGUGCCUCGGCUCUCAGGCAGUACGGGAUUCGCAGUGUGUACUUUGGCUGUGCCAAUGACCGCUUUGGAGGAACUGGUGGUGUUCUGAACAUUCAUUCCGAUCGCUCCAUCGACCCGCCCUAUCCAGUGUAUGGAGGCCUGUUCCAGAAGGAAGCCAUCAUGCUGCUGCGCCGCUUCUACAUCCAAGAGAAUGACAAAGCACCGAAACCCCGACCCAAGAGGAACCGCGAGCUCAACACUGCAUUCGACAGAGUGCCGGAGAUCGGGGGUGACGGGGGCAAUAUUGAGCAAAGCUCUUAGAAAGCUUAUGCGUGCUUUGAUGUCGAUAAUCUGGAGUCCGCAUCGUGAGGAAAUAGGAAAUGGCCCAGGCCUACAAGACUUCGUACCGCUAGGA